ACCGCGGUGCUGAAUCCCGCCUCGCACGCUUUGAGCCUACCGGAGGUGGCGCUCCUCUCUGGCUCGGUGCCUCUCGCAGAACCGUGCAGACAACCGUCAGACACCGGACUCCAGCUACGCUAAGAGGGUUCCACGCAUCCUUGUUUAACUCGCCUAGGCGCAAGCCGUGAGUCCUAGAGGGGAUAAUAAUUGUUUUAAUUCUCGCUGAGGACUAGAGUGCAAUAAUCCAAGGAUUCGGGAGGCGAUUGCACAAGCAAAGCGCCUCUUGGCAUUGACGACAGCGCGACCAAAGUUGGAAGCCAACAUUUUGAUAAUCUCCGCCUUAGGCCAGCGAAGGAGGAUCGAGAUUAAAUCAACAAGCCCCGAACUGUACAAGACUACUAGAGACGAGAGAAGAACGAUUGUUUUGCAGUCAUUGAAACACAGCUUGCAAUAGCCUGAGUGGCAGUUUGCCUUGUCCCACGGAGGCAGGAGAAAGCACCCCUAAAGUAGGAAACAAGACACGGGAAUUGGUGCGCCUCGCAGGGCUCCCUCUGACUAGGGUACCCUUGCGAAGUGCAAGCCGACCAGCACCAGCAGAAGGUUGCUCGGGUUCCCGUACCCGCGUCCUUAUGUGGUGCCUGGAGAGGCUCCGCUUUGGUCCUGAGCGCAGGCACGGGAUUCUUCAAGGUCGGGCGCACCAAGUCCCGGCCCUCACUCCCGCCGCGUGUGCAAACGUGCUCACCCCGGACCGCAUCCCCGAGUUCUGCAUCCCCCCACGACUCGCGUCCUGCACGGCCCUGGCUGCACUUCGGGUUUCCUGGAGCGAAGCAGCAGAAAUAGACUACAGCGCGGCGCACACAGACUGGGACCCGCGCUCGCAGGCAGCCCUAUCGCUGCCGCACCUGCCCCGCGCGCUCACCGCCUACGGCUUCUGCGCGCUGCUCGAGAGCCCGCACACCCGCCGCAAGGAGUCACUCUUCCUCGGGGACCCUGCAGCCGCCCCGCUCGUGCCACGGGACUCGGCUCCAGCCUCCGCCCCCGCGCUCCCCGCGCUCCCCGCGGGCCCGCGCACCACCCCGGACGCGCCCGCCCCGCCGGCCCGUGCCCGCCGCCUCCUGCGCGCCCCCGAACGGCUGCUGAGCCGCGCGCUGCGGGCCCGGACGAGCCGAGGCCUGGUCCGCGCCCGCUCCGUGUCCAGCGGGGACGGCGACGAGGACGAGGACGAGGAGCGCGGCGCGGUCGCGGGGCCCCCUUCCCAGUCCCCCUCCGCGUCCCCGCCGCCGCCGCCGCCCUGCCCCGGCCCGCGUCCCGAGCGCCUGGAGGCCGAGGGCACCGUGGCCCUGGGCCGCGCCGGGGGCGCCCUGCGCCUGGCCGCCGAGUACAGUCGGGCCAGCGGGCGGCUCCGCGUCCGGCUGCUGGGCACCGAGGGCCUGGCCGCGGGAGCCGCCGAGCUCCCCGCCGUCGGCUGCCGCGUCAGCUUCGUCCUGCGGCCUCCGGGCCCGCCGCGCUCGCAGCGCAGCGCCGUGGUCCGGCGGAGCCGCAAGGCCGCCUUCCACCAGGACUUGUGCUUGGACGGGCUCUCGGAGGAGCAGGUGCGCCGCCUGGCCGUGCGCGUCAAGGCCGAGCAGCGGGGUCGCGGCCUGGAGCGGGGCCGCCCGCUGGGCCAGGGCGAGCUGCUGCUGGGCUCCCUGCUGCUGCCCUGAGGGCGCCCGGGGCUCAGACCGCCCCCUCGGGGCGCCCUCGGACCGCUGGCAACUCGGACACCGACAGUCGCUUCGGACAAAAUGAAAGUGUAUUUAUUCUUCUACUCACGCCUUUGGU